AGCUAUGCUUGAAGACUUCUACAACCCGUAUCUAAUGCCACACUCCUUCUGGUCGACGGUCGAAUAUCUUAACGAACGUCGAGUGGGCUCGAGUGUGGAUCCCUAUAAACUAAAGCUCCGCAAAGGAGAUGGCAUCAAGUUUAACAACGCCACGCCUUUCACCCCGAGCUAUGUGCAGCUCGGGACCUCAAGCACCGACCAGUACGCGAAUCGAGUGCAAGGCCGGCACAUGUUCCUCGCGAAUCCGGUGAAAGCCAGCGCCGCCAAGCAGGAGAGGGAGAAGCGACGAAAUGAACGACGGAAGGCGAACGAGCUGAAGCAACGCGGCGUUAUGGGCAAGAGGGAGGCGCGCGAGAAGGGCAUCUGGAAGCUCGACCCGGCGCAAGCCAAAUAUGCACUGUUUCUGCCGCUACAUCAUAUGUGGAUGGCUUACAUGUCGGAGCUCUUGAGCCUGAAUGCCCCCCCUGAAGAUCCUUCCACACCUCACACUGCCGCCGCAAUGCCUAGUUCCGCAGGCAUGCACGCCAAACUCGUGAAGGCUGACUUUCAUGGCUCUAUCAUGACAGUUCGCCAGAGCAGAAAUUCGGCGCUGAUAGGGCUAUCAGGCAUCGUGGUUCACGAAACCGAGAAUACAUUCAAAAUCGUUACACCCAAGGACCAAGUGAAAGUGCUACCCAAGCAGCACUCAAUCUUCGCAUUCGCCGUUCCGCUGUAUUCAACGCUUGGACCGUCACCAAGCGAUCCCUUUGCGGCACUCGCGAAUCUAGGCCAGACAGUACAAACCACAACUGUGUCGGACGGACCGCAUAUCGAGUUCGAAUUGCACGGCAAUCAGUUCUGCUAUCGUGCUUCUGAACGCGCUGGCCGUAAAUUCAAACACAAGGAGACCAUCGAACUCUGA